AUGGCGUCCAUGAAACCCGUGGCUGGCGCCCAAUACUACGGGACCAACGUGAGCGGCCUCUGCCAACCAUACGAGGAUCUGUUGACGCUGAUAUUGGCCGUUAUUCGCUCCCUCAUCAACGAAGCGCUUCCUCACAUGGGAUCCAAGGACGGACGGCUCGCCUUCUUGGCCCUUGUCAAUCUGGGUCGCGCUACCUAUGUCGCCCUGAGCACCAUCGUGUCCCUUUCGUCCCUCGGCCUGUACCUUAGCUACGCCAUCGUCUUUGAAGCCGUCCUCUACAUGCAAGAGCAUCCUCAAGCCAAAAUUGCCAAGAUUGCGCGAGAAAGCGGCGUAAAACGCGAGACCCUCCGAUACCGCGUCAAGCAAGCUGGGAAGACUGAGAACCACGGAGGACUCAACAAACUACUAUCUGAAGCCGAAGACAAGGCCCUCUGUAAUUACAUCGACCGCCUUGAUAGGAUCAAUCUUGCGGUUCGCGUAGAAUUCGUUACCGACGCUGCAAACACGAUAUUACGUUAG